UCGAAAUCUUGGCGCACUCACCGAACGACGCAAUUGCGUUCAAAAAGACGUUUCGUCUCCGCUACUGCAUCCCUCACCCAAGGACCUCCGAAAGCAAAAUACUCUGAAUCUACAAUCACAAACCAACCGCCACAAUGUCGCGCCCAGAAGACAUCCUCCCGCCCGACCUCUUCUACAACGACACCGAAUCACGCAAAUACACCACCUCCAGCCGCAUCCAACGCAUCCAAUCGGAGAUGACGCACCGCGCGCUCUCCCUCCUGUCCCUCACAACGCCCUCGCUCAUCCUGGACAUCGGCUGCGGCUCCGGCCUGUCGGGCGAAAUCCUCUCUCAAACGCCGCUCGAAGGCACACCCGGCGGCCCGCAUACCUGGAUCGGCAUGGACAUAAGCAGCAGCAUGCUGUCGGUCGCGUUGGAGAAGGAGGUCGAGGGCGACUUGAUGCUCGCGGAUGCGGGGCAGGGCGUGCCGUUUCGCGCGGGCACGUUCGAUGCUGCGAUCAGUAUCAGCGCAGUGCAGUGGCUGUGCAAUGCUGAGUCGUCGGAGGAAUCGCCUGCGGGGCGGCUAUCUCGCUUUUUCAACGGGCUUUAUGCAUCGCUCCGACGAGGCGGACGCGCUGUGUGUCAAUUUUACCCCAAGAACGACGAGCAGAAGAAGAUGGUGAGUCAGGCGGCGAUAAAAGCGGGUUUUGGGGCGGGACUGUUGGAGGAUGAUCCAGGGACCAAGAAUGCGAAGACGUAUUUGGUGUUGACUGUGGGCGGCGGCGAAUUGGAUGGCGAUAUUACGGGCGUUGUGGGAGGCAUGGAGGGCGUGGAUGUCAUGGAUACGCGGAGGAGAGGGAGAGGGAUGAAGAGAGGCAAGGAGGUAAAAGGGAGUAAGGCGUGGAUCAUGCGGAAGAAGGAACAGAUGGAGCGGAAAGGGAGGGUCGUGAAGGCGAACUCGAAGUACACGGGCCGCAAGAGAAGGAUCCAGUGGUAAGGCCGACACUGCUCCAGCAGCACGACUCCAUGAGAUAUGCAUUAGCGCGGCGUUGGGGGUAUUGAAUCGAUCAUGCAUGCUAGCUAUAUACCACUAAAAGUACAGCUCUAUUCACACCGGCUACCUACUUGUA